AUUUAUAUCGGCGGUAGUAAGCGUAGGUGUAUUUGAGCAACACCAGCCGGGUUACCAUGUCAACUCCCCCUUUGAAGAUUGUGGUUUGUGGUGGUGGAAACGGAGCUCACGUGUUUUCAACUUUAGCAGCCACGCGCGCAAACACUGACGUCAGUGUUCUCACAAUAUUUGAGGACGAAGCAGAGAGAUGGACAAAAUCCAUGAAAGACGGUGUGAUGGUAUCCUUCACUGCAGCGUCGAACCAAGUGAAAUCAAGACCGUCUUUAGUCACAAAAGAUCCAGCAGCCGUGAUCCCAAGAGCUGACGUCAUAGCAGUAGUUGUACCAUCUUACGCGCAUGCUCCAGUCUUGCAAGCUAUUCUCCCUUUCUGUAGACCAAACACAUUCAUCGUUGGUCUUCCGGCACAUGCUGGUUUUGACUUCCAGUUUACACAUAUUUUUGGAAGCAAAGCAAAAGAAUGUACUCUAGCUGUAUUUGAGACAUUACCUUGGGCAUGUCGAAUAAUUGAAUAUGGUGCCCAUGCGCAGGUUCUUGGGACAAAAGAACGAGUAGGUGCCGCGUUGUUACAGGGGGAAAACAGCAACGUCCCAUUUGACUGCAUUGCCACACUUCAACAACUGAUUGGGGACAAGCCGAAGCUGAAAAUGGUACAAAACAGUCUCGUCGUAAAUCUGAUGGCUAAAACUAUGAUACAUCCACCAAUUAUGUACGGGAAAUGGAGAAAUUGGGAUGGAAAACCAGUCAAGCAGAAACCUCUCUUUUAUCAGGGAAUGGAUGACGCCCAGGCAGAUUUGUUGACUCGAGUUAGCGACGAAGUCUUGCUCAUCUCCCAAACAGUCAAAGACAAAUGCAACAAAAUUGUCCUUGACAUUUCACCGAUUACUCACAUCCAAGAUUGGAUAAAGGAAUAUUACGGCGACCAGGUGAAGGACGGAAGUUCGCUGAAACUCUCAUUCCAGACGAACCAGGCGUACAACGGCCUUGUUCAUCCACUGAAAGACGCAGAGGACGGGGGCUACGUUCCGGACUUCUCAUAUCGAUACGUUCGUGAAGAUGUUCCGUUCGGAUUGGUCGUACUGAAAGGAAUUGCCGAGAUCGUCGAUGUAUCCACUCCGGCUAUGGAUACUGUGAUCAGUUGGGCGCAAGAGAAACUAGGGGCGGAGUAUAUUGUUGGAGCCGAGCUCAAGGGUCGUGACUUAUCACAGACAAGGGCUCCGCAAGUGUUUGGUAUCCAAACAGUUGACCAACUGAUGCUAUCCAAUUAGUCAUACUUUUUCAAACGUAUUAUGAUUUACUACGCUAAACAGAUCUGUAGGCAGAAACACAAAAUGAAUUUGUUUUUAUUCUACACAUUGCAUCCCCGAUACUCCAAGGGUUAUGCUGACUUUCGCUCUCUGCACCCCUGGAAUAUGGCAUAGCAAAUUCGAAGUCUCAGUGUGCACCACCUUGUGAAUGAGACGAGCGAGAAGAUUAGUUUGAUCCAUUGAUGUACAUCAAACAAAUCUCUCGGUCGCGUCACUGUAAAUUGACUGGCUUUAUAGUCGAGAAUAACGCUUUGUAUAGCUUCAAUCUAGAGUGUUCCUAUGAUGCAAUAAUCAUUUGGUCUUUGGUUUUGAUUAUUUCUGAUUGAUUGAAUAAUUACGACAUAAGAAGUAAUGCGUGAUAUUUUUAUUAUCAUUAUUUUUAAGUUACUAAUGUAUAAAUAACAAUUUACAAAACAUCUUAAAAACGUCUUUGUUGUCAAAAGAAAUGAGAGGUUGAGACGACGAUUACGUUCUUGUAUUACCGUAUACACAUUAAUAAAACUGUUUAAGUUUUUACAUAAACGGCCGAUUUUUGUCGAGUUGACAUCUGUUUUUUAAAUAAACGGCAUAACAAGCAUUUAUAUAUAUAUAACAUAUAGCAUUGAUGGAACAUUGUCAACAUUGACCAUUGAUAAAACUGAAGCCUAUAAGUUAUGGAAUUUAGCACGAUUACCACUGACAAUAUUUCUUUCCUUUUUUUUGGAAUUUGUCUUGAGGUAAAAAAAUACUUAUUUGAAAUAUCUUAACUGUGUCAUUAGACCAAUGGAUCAUGACACAGUUGAUUCUCGCCAAUUGUUGUUAAAGUAAAAUGAUCAAUCUAGACAGAAAGCCACAGACCUUUCCUAAUUAAAUUUAAGCAAGAGUGAAGGAAAGAAGAUACGUUUCCUCUUAUCAACUUGUCCGAUUGUAUUAUAACCAAAAUGAUAUCCUUAAUCCUUAAUAAACUUAAAGUAAGUAUGAUAAGGUCAAUAGCAAAAUGGAUACAAGAAGGGCAAGAGUAGAGAAAUAAAAUGGUAAUGUUAUAACAAAUCAGUCUGAAAUAUUAAAAGAAAUUGAACUCUUCUAUAAAAACUUUUAAAAAAUGAUAAUAUACACGAUGAAGACUUAAAUAUGUUAUUAAAUGAUUAGAAUGUGCAAAAACUAUCGGAUAUUGAUUCUGAAGCUUUAGAAGAACCAUUGGACAUUAUUGAACUUGCAAAAACUUUAAUGAAAAUGAAAAUCAACAAAAGUCCAGGAUCGGAUGGUUUCACAGCUUUUUUUUUUUUUUUUUUUUUUUGGAAAAGCAUUGGACAUUUUAUUGAAAGAUCUAUACAUUUUGGUUUUAAGAUAACAAACCCAUCUGAAACACAAAAACAAGGAAUAAUAACAUGUAUACCAAAGGGAGAUAAAUCUAGAAUUUAUUUUGAAAAAUUGGAGACCGAUAACAUUACUUAACAUUGUAUAUAAAAUUGCUUCAAGUUCAAUUGCUAAUAGAAUGAAAAAUCUUUUAAAGAAAUUAAUCAGUACUGAUCAGACAGGCUUUAUUCCGGGGAGAUAUACUGGCGAAAACACUAAGACUGAUCUAUGAUAUUAUACAUUACACAGAGGAAAAUAAUUUACCAGGACUUUUAUUACUAAUUGAUUUUGAAAAAGCAUUUGACUCUAUCUCAUGGAUUUUUAUCAGUAAAACACUUGACUUUUUUCAAUUUUGGUAAAAAUGUAAUUAAAUGGAUCAACUUAUUCCAACAUGAUUCCAAAUCAGCAGUAGUUCAAGGUGGCAAUUUGUCAAACUUUUUUAAUAUUGAGCGUGGGUGCAGACAAGGGGAUCCAAUAUC